UUCUGACAAGGCAGUAGAUGGGAAGCGAGGGAUGUGCCUUGAAGAGUUUUUGGAGAAGAACCCAGAGCUCAAAGAAAAGGUGGAAGAACAUUUUCAGAAAAAGAGCAAGAAAUGGAAAGAUGAAAAGGGCGGAGAAGGGCAUUCUAAGCACCACUCUCAUCACUCCAAAUUGACAAACUGUACAGCGGAUGAGGACUGCACAGAUAAAACUAUAUGUUGCAAAAUGCGAUGUGGUGCAAUGAAGUGUGUGAAACCAAUAUUCUCUGAAAAGGACCUUACCUGGUUACAUGAUGACAAAGGAAAGAGUAAGAAUAAAAGAGAAGCUAAAGAAGAGAAUCAAGAGCAAGGUCAAGAAGGAGAAGGAAAAGUACCAGCAAAUAGCACAGGAGUCGAACAUGGAAAGGGACAUGGGAAAGGAGCUGAGCAUGGAAAGGGACACGGAAAAGGAGCUGAGCAUGGAAAGGGACAUGGUAAAGGAGAAGAGCAUGGUAAGGGACAUGGGAAAGGAGAAGAACAUGGAAAGGGACAUGGGAAAGGAGCUGAGCAUGGAAAGGGACACGGAAAAGGAGAAGAGCAUGGAAAGGGACAUGGGAAAGGAGAAGAGCAUGGAAAGGGACAUGGGAAAGGAGAAGAGCAUGGAAAGGGACAUGGGAAAGGAGAAGAACAUGGAAAGGGUCAUGGAAAAGGAGAAGAACAUGGAAAGGGACAUGGUAAAGGAGAAGAGCAUGGAAAGGGACAUGGGAAAGGAGAAGAACAUGGCAAGGGACAUGGAAAAGGAGAUGCGCAUGGAAAGGGACAUGGGAAAGGAGCUGAGCUUGGAAAAGGAGAAGUCAAGGAUGGAGAAGACAAGGAAGUGGAAACAGUUACUGAACCAGUUAGGCAAAAAAGGUCAAAUGGAAAGGCAGAGUCUAAAGGAAACCAUGAGAGCAAGCAUAAAAGUAAGGAUGAGGGAGAACAUAAUGGAGAGAAUGAGGGAAAGCAUUAGGAUAUAAUAAAAAGCCCUAAGAAAUAUCCUUAUUAGUGACAUAUGAAGAAUUUCGUAAUAACCACCUCAGCCUCAUUAUCAACUGCUAGUCUGAGUAUUAGCAUAGACAAACAAUUUCUGUUAAUGUAGACUCAACUUCAGAGCAUUAAAAAUGGCAAA